UACACAAUAACAGUUAUGGUGUCUGAGGCUGUCAACGUGUUCCAUGAAUUCAGAGUGCUUUUAUUUUAUCUUGCACUAUUUGAUAUUGAUUCAGCAACUAUGCCUGGUAUUUUAUCUGCUUAGUAUAAUAUUUCAGCUCACAUCCCACUAUUCACAGUGGCUGUUGACACGGUUCUUUUCACCCAGACCUAUUUAUUAACAGUGCUUUGAUUGUUGAAUACAUUUAAUACUUUUACAACUGACUUCACAUAUUAAUGAAAGUCCCCAAGACUUGUUAACAUCAGAGUUGUGUUAUUUUUCAACAAAAGUACAAAGCAUAAACCAGGCAAACAAUAGUGAAUGUAUUGUCAGUUAAACUAAAAAUUUACAAAAAGCUCUAGUCUUGUUACAAUCAUAAACUCAGCUAGGUAAAUGUUGUUCCAGAAGUACAAAUUAACUGCUGUUCAUUUGAAUAAAUUAAAGGAAUGUUCUGGAUUCAAGUUAAGCUCAAUUAACAGCAUUUGUGGCGUGAUGUUCCCACUGUUUCAAAAGUAUAGCCACAAGAUGUAAACAUUAUUCGUGUAACAUGAUUUUAGCAUUUUGAAAUAGCUUACUAGCCUUUAAGGCCGAAGGUAUACUUCGUUUUUUGCGGCUUCCGGAUCGGCUCGCGCCCAGCUGACCGCGUUGCCUUGUUACUUUUCUGACUGCAAACGAAUAGGAACGCGUUCGACGCAUGCGCACUACAACUGCUUUGUGAUUCGUUUGGUACAUGGUGUGUUCACGUCAUGUUGGAAUUACCGUUAUUAUGAGAUUCCGACUUGUAAAAAGCGUUAACGUCUUCGUAGAGCUCGUAAUUACAAGUUGUAAUCUCGGAAAUCUAUGAAAGUUACAAAUUGAAAGUCCUGACGUCAUGUGAAAAGAACCAACAUGGCAGCGGCCUCAACAGUUAAGGUAGUGAACAUAUUUGUUUAAUAUGCUAUUUUAUUAUGCAAGUGAUGCCUGGAGUAUUUCUUUUUGUUCUUAAACAUUUUGCAAAAGCAUAUAAAGGUGAAUUAAUGAAGAGAUAAACAUUUUACUAUUAUUAACAACAAAGCCGUUUUGGCGUUAUAAGUGUUGCCGUAGAAACAGUUAAUUUAUGAGGUCUGAGGACUGAAUGCUCACUCCGAGAUGAACCCGCCAACAGUCAAUUUCCAGCGCACGCGCAGACGACGCACAGCCAAAGACCGCGUGCACCAGUCAAGAAAGUCAAGCCGGACGGCUUUGCUGAUGACGCAAUGUGCACAUACUAUGCGCUAGCGAUCCGCAACGCGCACAUCCGAAGUAUUAUUUGCCCUUAACCUUAUCUGUGUAGAGUCCAAUAUCAAAAGUUCGUUCUCAUGACCAUCAGGUUGCAGGUAAACCAUGUAAUCUAAACGCCGUAACGCAGGUAUAUCGCUGAUUUUAUCAAAGUAAAAUCACAUUAAUAGGUACAAUGUUCAUGUAUUAUGGCUGUACUUUUGAAACAAUGUUUAUUUUAAUGUUUAUGGGCUGGUCCUAUUCACUUACAUUGUGUGUUACUUUAUCAUUAUUAUUUUUUUAAUAAACGAGGGAAGAGUCAAAAUUAUUGUUUGUGGUAAUUUACAUUAUGUCAUAUAUAUUAAAAUGAUAAGAUGUAAUCACCGUCACCAUCAGUUCCGUUCAGUGAAUACCAUAUGCGAAAUUUUUAAUAUUCAAUAUGGAUUGCGCGUCUGAAACGAGUGCUGACGAGUUCUCUGGGCGUGGAGAUGCAGGUGAGAGGGUGCAGGGCAUUACAACAUCACUGUUCCGCAAAACAAGAGGAAUGCAGCACGGACUAGUAACGAACAGCGACCCGUGUAUGGCAGUCUGACAUUGAGCAUUUUUUUUUUUUUUUUUUUUUUCUUCUUCUUCUUCUCCCCUCUGGAGUGUACAGUUAAAGUAUUGUCGGAUAUUAUCAUAAAAUAUUUUUCGUUGGUUGAAGUCUGGAUACCUCUCAAACGAGUAUGAUGAAGCAUUAUCUGUUCAAUUGACAUCCAAACAAUGGCAUCACCACCAGUGAUACCACCUCCACCACCACCCCCUCCUCUUGCCCCACCUCCCCCUCCUCCUCCUCCUCCUCCACCACCCCCUGGCCUCUUCCCUGGUGGAGAUCAAUUUACCAGAGGGCCGACGCGGGCCUCUAAAAUGCGUAAUUUUAAUUGGGAGGCCAUACCUAAGGACACUGUGCUGGGCAAACAUAACAUAUGGACAGCAGAGAAGAACAGUGAGAUUGAGUUGGACAUCAAACGUAUAGAGGAGUUGUUCAGCCACAAUGACCAAAACCAGGUCCAGGCCACACAUCGCCGGAGUGUCCGACUCUCCCCGAGCAAUGCACCAGGACCUGAAGUGGUGUGUAUUCUCAACCCCAAGAAGAACAUGAACAUUGGUAUAUUCCUCAAGCAGUUAAGAAGGUCAGUGAAUGGAAUGAUAGAUGACAUAAUCAAAGGCAGAGGCGAAGGAUUUGGUACUGGGAAACUAAAGGAUUUGUGCAAACUACUACCAGAGGAUGGAGAGGUGCGACAGCUUCUUGCUUUUAAAGGAGACUACACAACUCUUUCUGAGGCAGAUCGUUUCAUGGUACAACUUGUCAAAGUUCCAUGCUAUGAGGAACGGUUGAACAGUUUAGUCAUCAAGGAGGAGUUUCCCCAUUUCAUGGAUGAGGUGAAUCACUCUAUUGCAAUCAUGACUGCUGCCGGAAAAGAGCUGUUGGAAUGCACUGAUCUUCAUUCAGUCAUCCAGCUGGUGUUGAAAACAGGAAACUACAUGAACUCUGGUGGGUAUGCUGGCAGUGCUGUGGGAUUUCGGAUGACUUCUCUUCUCAAACUUGCUGAUACCAAAGCCAACAAGCCUGGAAUGAAUCUCAUGCACUAUGUUGUGAUGCAAGCCCAGAAGAUUGAUUCAUCUUUGUUGAACUUUCCAGAACAACUAGGGCACAUUGGAGAUGCAGCAAGGAUUCAUAUACAGGAAGUUGAGGCAGAGUUCCAAAAGGAAGUGAGCAAAGUCCAGGUGUCAAAGCAGAAUGCUGACAAAGUGCCAGAUCUGCAAGAACAGAUGAGGGAUUUUUUGCAAAAUGCAGAGACCAGGUUACAGGAGACUGAGGCUUAUUUCCAGACUCUUGCUGCUGUGAGUGGGUCUGUGGCCGAGUAUUUUUGUGAGGAUCCCUCUCAGUUCAAACUAGAGGAGUGUUGCUCCAUUUUUUACUCUUUCUGUCAGAAGUUCAAACGAGCAGUUCAGGAGAACCUUGAACGAGACAUGUUGGAGGCGAAGCGCAGGCAACGAGAGCGCGCUCAGUGUGCUGCUAAGCGAUGUUCCACUGCCACCUGCUCCGUACGAGACAAAGACAUGGAGGGAGUUGCAUUGGAGUCCGUCCUGCAGAGGUUUCUCAACAAUAGUUCAUCCCGCCGCAGGGCCAGGACUCCCUCACCCACACAGGGGAGUAUCACUGAGAUAACCUUGCAAGAGAACAACCCCGCCAACAACCGAGAGGUCAAGAAGAAUAGCUGGCUCAAAAGUUCCUUGGCCACAGAGAGCACUAAUAAGAGUGUUUGUGAGGAUGAGACGCCCAAGCCUCCAGAGAUCAAGAUCCCUGGGGCUAGUGCCAACUUGUCCAUCAAUCGACGAGUCUCCGUGUAUAUUGAGCAAGAAGAGGAAGAGGCCCAGACUGAAACAGAGGUGCAGAAUAUGAGAGAGCUGUCACGUAGGGUUUUACGUUACCAGUCCAGUCGGGGCAGUGCUUCGUCUGGAGAGGCCCUGUCACCAGUUCAGUCACCCAGGCAGCUUGUCUUCCAGGAAGACAGGAAACACCUUCUGAUCAUGUCCAUAGAAGAAAAUACUUCGAAAUUUGAAGAAAAUACUUCCAAAUGCAUUAACACUUUGGAACUCCUUCAGACCAACCAGAUUAUCAGUCGCCGGCACACAAUCGCUCUUCCCAAAGCCAGUUGUGGGAAUAUCAGCGAGGAGGAUCUAUUUGUUCCUGGUAAUUUGAAUGAAACCCCAACUCCCCCGAUUGGUUGUAUUGGUAAAUUGAAAUCUGUGGAUUGCAAUAUGCUCAUCACACAACAAUGCUUUACAGAGACAAUGAAAGAUUCUGAUGCCAAGCCACUUCAUUCUCUAGAGGAAUCACAAUCAUCACAAUUAACUGACUCGUUGCAGUCACAAUCAGCAGAGUCAGAGGCAAAGACUGGAGAUAUAGUGCAUAGCUUGCAAUUUGGUACUGGGAAGAAAUUAAACAACCAAACCAUAUCACCCAAAAGCACUAAAGAGACCUUCAGCUUUAUGUCUUUAUUUAAACAUUGGCGUGGCAAAUCAAACAGCAAAGAGCUUGAUUCCGAAAGUGUGGACCCAUGAUGAGAAGUCAUGGGUUCUUAGAAUCACAGAUCUUUAUUUAUUUUCAUGCAUAUUCUACAUGUGGAUUGUUGCAUUUGUGAGAAUUAAAGCUGAAGUGUGAAAUUUCUGCGCCACAAAACUGAAUUACAAAAAUAAACUUUGGUUUCAAAUAGCCUUCCGAAUACACCUCCCUCUGCUGUUUAUUAAACAAACAGAUAGUCCUGCCCCCAACUCUCGGCAUUGGUCAUGUCAGUGUUGUGUCGGGCUGGAAGGGUUACUCAAAACAAAGCAGUUUUUAUAGCGCCACACAGUGUUUACAGUUUUUGAGAAAAUUAACCUAGAAAUGGCUUACUUAUAGUUGUCUCUUCAUAUUAAACUGCGAUAAGAUGAAGUAUUUUAACACCGAACAAGUAAACACACUUCAGCUUUAAGCUUGGUGCUAGGUCAAUGGCUUUUAAAAGCAGUAAAAAAAACAUUUAUUUCCAUGCCUCUUUUAAACAAAAGAGCACACCAAAAAGCAGAGAAAUAAUGCAUAUGCAAUUUCACAGCAUCCAAAAAAUUAAAUGACUUAAGAUAUUUAUGCAAUAUUUUUCCUGCAAUCCACCAUGUUCCACACAGGGAGGCAGUAUAUGAUACAGAUUUUCAUGGUGUUACAAUUUCUGUAUUUGUAGACAUUAGCACAAUGUAAUGACUGAGUAGUUAUCUUCUCAGUCAUACAGAAUGUUUGAAUUUAGAUAAAACUGACCAGAAGUAAUUCCAAUAAAUUAGAGAAAUUAUGGAGCUCAGCUGGUAGCAAUAAUGCAAUAAAAGUCACUUUCCACAA